CCGCGAAUGUGUAACACGCUUGGAUAUUGCCCGACAAUAAAUAUUUGCGAAUUUUCAACUUGUGAUGCACUUAUAUAACAUCUAAUAGCUGUAGUUUGAGUCAACAAGAACCGAGUAUAUCGCCAAUCGCCGUACAGCUGCCAGAUUUGCUGUUUGGAUAAACAAUUGCGGUGCAGUCUAUUCUAUCAUUGGACAGUUUGUCUUUAAAUUGAAUUUUUAAAUAAGUGUAAGGCCUGCUUAUCGCAAUUGAGAGGGCCACCCACAGAUGAAUAUGGAUGAAUAUGAAAAAGAUAAAAUACGGAGAAAUGUAAUCAGGAAGUUGAAACCAAGUCUAAUGCAGGAAAUAAUUCCAAGUCAGAUAAUUCCAAUAACAUCAAUUUUGUCAACUAUGGAUGAGGAGAAUAUUUUGUCAGAAGAGAAAAACCAUGGUUCUAUCCAAGCUGCUUCCAUGUUCCUAGACAGAAUAAUGAAAAGAGGUCCGAAAUGGUACGACACUUUGCUUGGAGCUUUACGGGAUUGUGAAAAAUCUCAUCUCGCAACAGUAAUCACAGAAGAAGUAGAAAAAAUGUGUCCGCGGCCACCAUCGCCAUCACCUCCACCACCUCCAUCACAGGCUGUAGACAAUCAACCUUCUGCUAGUGCACCCUAUUCAAACAUUGCGACUAGUCAAAGAAACGACUGGCCCGCUCCACCUUUUCAAAGUCCAGCACCCCCACCACCACCACCACAGGUAGAUACUCGACAACCACCAGCCUACCAAUAUCCACAGCAAGCAGCAGGUGUAUACCCACCACAGCAACCAGUGAACCAGCAACCGUACCCACAGCAACCCAAUUCAUCCCACUCGCAAGCAGGAAACUUACCACAAUCGGAAUUUACACAUAUACCUACAACCAAUCAUCCAGGAUAUAGUCCACAGUACCAACAUCAUACAUCAAACAGUCAGCCACUCCCAUCAAGUCAACUGGUACAUGUACAAACUGUUGAGUAUCAACCCGCUCCACAAUACAAGCCAUUACCCCCUCAGCAGUUUCCACCACCGUCUGAACCACUAGCAUUCCCUCAUCAACCGUCCCAGAGCCCUCCGAAACAAUCGGCAGUUGAGGUGCCUUAUCUGCAUCAACCAGUGGAUAAACAAAAGCAAGUUCCCAUGGCAACAGGUACAGAAAAAGCUGCAGUAGUCAUGGCGACUCCUUGCAAUGGUGACACACCACUUCGUAGUGUUAGAGCCGAUAUUUUUAAAGCAUUGCAUCCUCUGAAUGUUCAUUCGCCACUUCAUAAAGAUUGGAAAGGUCUUGCAGCCUGUUUUGAAUAUACAGCUGAAGACGUUGGUAAGUUCGGACAAUCCAAAAAUCCAGUAGAGGACAUGUAUCAUGACCUGAGUACCAAAAAUGUUACCCUGGGUGAUCUGACUUCUAAAGUCCAAGAACUAGGAAGGCAGGAUAUACUGGAUAAUAUUGACAAGACUGUUGGUUUUCGGCAACCUGAACCUACUGGAAGUGACAAGAAAAUUGAGAUUGAUUUUCCUCAACACAUAGAUGGUGGUCUAGUACCUGGUAAAAUGAUAACUAUAUGUGGUGCUCUCCCUGUUAAUGUUCAAAGAUUUAGCGUCAAUCUCCAAGUUGGUACCAGUACCGAACCACGUGCGGAUAUAGCCAUUCACAUAAGUGUUCGAGUGACGGAAGGCACGAUUGUUAGAAAUACCCUAGUGAAUGAGGAGUGGCAGAAGGAGGAACGUGAGAUUAAAUUCCAACCGUUCCUUGCUGGCACAGAAUUUGAAUUGGUUAUUAAAGUGGAAAAAGAUAUGUACAAGGUUGAUGUUAAUGGGCUUCAGUUUUGUGAUUACAAACACCGCAUUCUGCCGUUGAAAAAAAUUGAUACAUUAGAUGUAUCUGGAGAAGUUCGAGUGAAUAGUGUGGACAUCAGUGUACCUGUACAGGAGUUACCAGAUCCUGAGUUACUGACUCCAAACACUGCAAGUAAAGCAGAAGUUGUACCAGUAAUACCUAUAAAUGUACCAGAUGUUAAACCGGCUGCGACUAUACCAGAACCAACUAAUAGUCAUUCAGAAAAGGAGAUUUCAACAGAGCCACAGGUACCAGCAGACACAGUACCAUCACUCUCUGAGCAGGUAUCAGUGGAAGAAACAGUGACCACACCACAGGUCAACCAGGAUGAUGUGCUGGGGAAUAAACCUUCAGAAGCUGUUUCACCUUUGCCAGACAGUUUGGUCAGUGGUAUGAGUGAUGGUGCAAACAGUAUCUCAGAAAAUGUGAGACAGGAGGAAACUGAAGCAUCAGCAUCUUCUGAGCUGACACUGAUGGAAGAAACUAAAUUAUCUCCGCAGUCGGCUGGUGCUUCACCAUUACAAGAUGCCAGUUCUAGUGAGGUUGCCAAUGCUGUACAAGAGGCAGUGGAUAAAGAGGAAAGUAAAGAUUUGAUAUCUUUUGGAACACCACCAAUUGAAGCAACUAAACCAUCCUUGCAAUUAGAGGACUCAUCUCCUUUACAAGAUACUGGUGCUGGUGACAGCAGUGAGGCUGCCAACGCUUUUUCCGAUAAAGUGGGAGUGGAGGACACCAACGAAGUGAUAUCUUCUGAACUACCUCCAAUGGAAGAAACUGAACAAUUAAAGGAAAGUGGGGCUGGUGACAGCGAGUCAAACAAAAGCCAUGCAGAAGCUGGUGGCCCUAGUGAUGUUAAAAUAGUUCCUGCUAAUAUUACAGUGACGCAGCUGGAAAACGAUGAAUACAAUGAUGGUAGGAAUUCAAGGUUUUUGCUUAGAGGGUCAGACGAGAACAAUGAAGUAAGAGAAACAGCACCAGACCAAAAACUUAAUGUGUCCAAUGAGAACAAUGUAGUAGUAGAGGAUGAGAAAAACUUCAACACAGAAAAUAAUCUGGCGGAAGUAUCCUGGGUCGAUAAUAACUGUUCCAGGCCAUGCAUCCAGAGUUCAGACUUGAAUGUCACUACAGAAGAAGAAAAAAUUGAAAACAUUGACAAGCCAGCUGACAGCAGCCUUGAUGAAAAUACGGGGAUGGAAGAGCGAACGACCGUUGGUGGAUAUCAAGAAACUUCGCAGUCAGAUGACCUACAAGGAGCAGCUUGUCCAGAAUCUUAUUCGUAUAUUGAUUCUAAGAAAGAUGGAGACACUAGGUCAAAGCAACCUUCAGGGAUGCCACACUUGAAAGUGAUUGGUGCAUGUAGUUUAGUAAUUGCUGUGCUUGCUGCAUUAGCAUUCAGAUUUGCAAGAAAAUAA